AUGGUUGAGGCUGCACGAAAGGAGACCUGGUUCCAAAGGCUUGACUUGACAUGGUCUAAGAUCAUAUUCCUCUUUUGUUUCUGGGUAUUUCACUGGGGAAUCUUUGCGCUCGGAUGGUAUUCACAACAAUCAAAUACAAAACUAGCAGGACUCAAUACCCUUGAAUAUUCUGUUUGGAUAUCUAGAGGUGCUGCUCUGGUACUCACAGUGGAUGCAACGCUAAUCCUUCUCCCUAUGUGUCGGAUUCUACUACGUUUGAUCAGACCGCAAAUCAGAUGGCGACCUCUUGACGAGUCAGCCUGGUUCCACCGCCAAAUUGCUUACGCAUUAUUGGUUUUUACCGUGGUACAUGUAGCUGCUCACUAUGUGAAUUUCUAUAAUAUUGAAAAGGACAAGAUUCGUCCUGAGUCGGCUGUUGACAUGCACUUCAAGACAGCAGCUGGUAUUACAGGACAUGUCAUGCUGCUGUGCAUGAUGCUGAUGUAUACAACUGCCCAUGCUCGUAUUCGCCAACAAGCAUACGAAACUUUCUGGUAUACGCAUCACCUCUUCAUUCCAUUCAUGCUAGCCUUGUAUACUCAUUCUACGGGCUGUUUUGUGCGUGAUACUACGGAUGCUAUCUCUCCAUUUGCUGGAAAGGAGUAUUGGGAUCAUUGUCUGGGUUACGAGGGUUGGAGAUGGGAACUCGUAGCAGCCACUUUAUACCUGUUCGAACGACUUUACCGCGAGAUCCGGUCAAGACGCUAUACGGUCAUCACCAAGGUCAUUCGACAUCCAUAUGCUGCCGUCGAGGUACAGUUUUACAAACCCAGCAUGAAAUACAAACCUGGACAAUGGAUCUUCAUUCAGGUGCCUGAGGUCUCCAAUACACAAUGGCAUCCCUUCACCAUCACCUCAUGUCCCUUCGAUCCCUACAUCAGCGUCCACGUUCGACAAGUUGGUGAUUUCACACGCGCACUCGGAGAUGCACUCGGAUGUGGUCCUGCACAGGCCCGUGACCUAGAAGGCCUCGACCCCAUGGGUAUGUACGAGGUGGCCUUACAAAACGGACAAACAAUGCCGAAACUCCUCAUCGAUGGACCCUACGGAGCUCCAGCAGAAGAUGUGUUUGAAAAUGAAAUUGCUAUACUUAUCGGAACCGGCAUCGGUGUCACGCCCUGGGCAUCGAUUUUGAAAAAUAUCUGGCAUCUACGUUCCAGCCCAAAUCCACCCCGCCGCUUACGCCGUGUGGAGUUCAUUUGGAUAUGCAAAGACACCUCUUCUUUUGAAUGGUUCCAAGCUCUUUUAUCUUCCUUGGAGUCGCAAUCCGUCAGCACAGCUGCCUCAGAAGGUGGCGUGGAAUUCUUGCGUAUCCAUACUUACCUCACACAGCGACUGGACGAUGAUACUACUGCAAAUAUCUAUCUGAAUUCUGUUGGUCAGGCACUUGACCCUCUCACUGAGCUGCGAAGCAGAACAAACUUUGGUCGUCCAGACUUCAAGCGCUUGUUUACGGCCAUGCGUAUCGGCUUGCUAGAUCAUACCUAUAUGCGUGGACUUGAAAAUUCAUCCACGACAGAAGUCGGUGUCUACUUUUGUGGGCCCAAUACUGCGGCUAGGGAGAUAGAUGAUGCAUCGAGAGCAUCUUCUACAAAGGAUGUGCGGUUCAAGUUCUGGAAAGAGCACUUUUAA